CAAAAUACUUUAUAGCGAACGAAAUGAAACAAUUCAAUGGAUAAGUACGAACGUGGAACUAAAUAAAGAUUUUAAGGAUGAUGAAUGACGAUCGAAUGUAGGGUGUUUACAUACGGUUUCGAAGUUUAUAGGUAGGGAGUGAAGUGAAAGCUGAGAAAAGAAGCCAAGGUGAUAAUGAAUUGUGCAGCAAUGGUUGUCGUAGGUUACAGGCCUGUCCUAAGCCCCAAAUGCUUUGCUUCAAAUCCCAAAAUCAACACAGAUCAACUUCGUUACCAGCUUGACCAACUUCAUGCUGAAGCUGAGACCACCCGAGCCAAAGCUAACAAUGCUAGAUUGAGGUUUUUGCGGCUAUCAGAGGCAGCGGAGAAGCUUCGACGACAGGCAGCUGUUAGUAUGCAAAGGGGGAAGGAAAAUGAGGCAAGGGACCUGCUUUUUCAGAAAAAGAAGGUUAUGCAAGCUUUGGAAAAGUCUAAGAGUCGGAUUGAGUUAUUGGAUAAGCUUGCUACGAAGCUUAAUGAGGUGAUAAACGUCAAAGAAACUCAACUAAUUGGGAAUAUUGUGUCAGAUUCUGAAAUUGGUGAAGAAGAUGGUUCCAGUCCAGUUCGGAUCAUAUCUCCGAAGGAGCAAGCUGAAAACAAUAAAAAUAAGAAUAAGGACUUUGGCCUUGAUGCUUUAACAGUUGGUGAAGAUCAAAAGUUGUUGCUUGAUACUGAUGAUUUGGUGGAGCAACCUGCCAACAAGGAGCUAGAGGAAGAUAAAGCAUUUGCUUUUAAUGAAGACAAUAGAACUAGCAGCUUGGCAGCAAUAUCAACUUAUGAGGACUUCUUGGAACAUUUGGAUCAACAGCUCAAACAAAUUGAACAAGAACUUCUCACGAUAUUAAAUGUUUCAACACUAUUACUUGAUGAUGAGAAACCAAAAAAUGUGAAGGUGCAGCAAACGACAGGACUUCUUGAGAGUAUCCUUGAUUUAAGACAGAGAAUUACAAAUAUCAGGCAGAUGAAGGUUGAGAUAAGUUAAGGCUUCAUUGUUUCUUGGUCAGGUUCCUACUACCAGGUAAGGGCAUUGUUUGAGCUGAAACUAUUUGGAUUUGUUAAGCAAAAAGCCUACAUUGCAAGUUAGCAUGCAUGUAUGUGCUGUAUGAUAGUUAUUGCCGACUGCAAAAGAAGCUAUUGAGUUUAUAACCUUGUCUAGGUGAGUUAUGGUAUCCUCAAAACUUUCACUUUUCCUUCCAUCUUUUUGGUGUUCUUUGACAAAGAUAAUGAAAUUUUACGUAUUUGAUAGGGAAUAGGAAACAGCAAAGCUAGGAGUUCCUUUGUAGGUAACAAUCGUAUGCUUUUUUCCCCAAAAAUCAGUAACAAAAGAUUUUGACCUUUUAAGAGUGACUAAGUUGUUCAAUUGAAUUCCAUGGAAACUUUGAAGUAACUAACUAAUUAUUUCUUGAUUGAAUAUAUGGAAAACCAUUUCAUGAUAAGUUUAGUAACUAAAACAUUUUCAUGGCAAAUCAGGUAUUAAAAUUAAAAGACAAAGGAUAUAAAUUGUAAUAAUAUAACAUUAUUCUGUUUGCUACUCAGAAACCAUCUUAAAAUUUCAAAAUUUCCUUGCAAAACAUAAUGGGAACACAAUUGCAUCUGAACAUAAAGAAAAGAAAUGAGUAUAGUACCAGUGAGAAACCGAGGCUGACUAAUUUCUUAAACAAGAAAUAAGCUCUGUGGAGCUCAGUAUUUACCAUAUCCAUGUUUUUCCUGUAAAAGUUUUCAAAAGGAAAAACUUGUAACCAAGCUGAUGGUUCAAUUCUACUUUGUUUUUGCCCAUAGGGAAGUGGCUGAAUAACACUGGAGCUCUUGGAGGAGCUUCUUAAUAGGAUACUCUGUGAUCAAUAGACUACUUGUAACAGUAGCAAAAUAUUAUACGCUGCAUGAACUUUCAGAAACUUAGCUUAUAGAUAAAUAAUGCAGUAAACUUCUCAUAUUAUGUUCUUGUAUAAGGUGAUUAGGGUUCUUCGAUGAAUCAUGAUGGAAGUAUAAAUGAAAGCCUCCAGUGGUCCAUUUGGUUUCCACAAUUUCAUCUGCCAUUUUGUUUCAGCUAUUGUCACCUUUCUUUUUCUGAUUUAUGUUUUGACUUUGUUGUUUUCUAUAAUUAGACAAUCUCAUUUACAGACACCUGCUUUGACUGUUAAAAUUGCAGUUACUAGAGAAAAACAGAGGCUAUCAGCAUGAAGUUGCUUAAAACUGCAACACAUUGAGAGAAAUUGUCACUGGCUACUCUUCAUUAUAUGGAUUACCAGUAUUAUCAUGAUAAAAUAAAAAUUGGGAAAAGUAGAAAAAACCGUCGGUGAGUUCUGGCUUUCUGCUGCUUUCAUCUUUCUGAUUUUGAGCAUGCAUGUUGGGUUUAUAUUAUCGAUGAUCUGCAUAUGGAUUUUGUUACCUGUAGCAUGUGCAAGAAAGCAAUUUUUUAGUGAAAUCAUUACUUAAAUAACAUAUAAUAACUGAAUGAACUCUUAAAUUAUAUAGCAUAAAUCCAUUGCAUUGUUGCAUUUAUAAUCAAAUUUACCUACUCUCUGAAUUUUUCUUCACAUAUAUUUUAUACUUUCUCUAGUACCGAUUGAUGGUAGACGUCUUUGUGAAUUAGCAAAGGGUAACAAAUGAAAUAGAAGUAAAUGUGUUGAAAUUAGAUGUUUGAGAGAUGAAUUUUAUAGAGAUUGGAAUAAUUUUUCACUCAUACUAAAAAAUGGUAACAUAGGUAUUUAUACAAAGAGCAAAAAACUAAGGCAGGAAAUAAUAUAUAAUCCUAAUAUCAAGUAUAUCUAAUCCCUAAUUUACAGUGAUAGGAAGAAUCUCUUGGCUGUCAACACUCUCAAGUUCGUGCAUAGAUACUACACAUGCCCAACAUGCAAAUUAGAUUAUGAAAGGUUCUAUUACUUAAUCCUUUAGUGAAUACAUCAAGUAACUGCUCGUUGAACGCCACAUGAACUAAGUUUAAGAGACUGGAGUUCAAUUUUUCUCUGAUGAAGUGCCGAUCUAUCUCAAUAUGUUUUGUUCGAUCAUGUUGGAUUGGGUUAUGAGCUUGCUUAUUGCAGCCUUAUUAUCACAGUACAGGGAUAAUUUUCCUCCUUGACAGUUGCAACUCCUCCAAUACCUUCUGUAGCCAAAUAAGCUCACAAACACCUUCAGCCAUAGCCCUAUAUUUUGCCUCGGCUAUGCUUUGCUUAUUCUUGUGGUUCUGCUUUUGUACUGUAUGAAGAGAUUCGUAACCAAGCAAAUCUCCAUACGAAAAUCAAAUCAAGGAAUGGUUACUGGCUUUUUUUCCUUUAGAAUAUAGAAGCAUCAUUGUCAGUCACUAUCAAUGAGAUUACCAACUGUAAUUUUGCAUCAAGUUGUUUGUUGAUUACAUGAUGUCUUUCA